UCGAAUUGGGGAUAUGAAUGCAGCGCAGCGGACGAUGUUAUGGUGUUGCAGUAAAAUUAAAUAGUGUGGCGCUGUUUAGUGUACAAGUUGUAAUCAACGAGUGUUCAUGUAUCUACUGAAGAGGUUGGCGGGUUUUGCUGAGAUGUCGCGUCAAUGGGCAAAAAUAGGAAACAAGUUGGAGGCGUUUGGUGGUGGAGUCGCACUGGAGGGGAAGCCCAUGCAGACGCUGACGGUUGUAUGACACCUGCUGUAAGCAAGUCAUCUAGAUUUCCGCCUUGCGGCAACGACACAUUUUGUCUCUCUGGUUGUUUAAAAAAAAAAAACCUGACGAUGUUUUCCGACGAGAUCCGUACAGAGGAGCAAAUUAAUCACCUCAAUCGUCAUGAGUACACUCGCACUGGCCGCACGUUUGUGGAGCCCUUUAUGGAACCAUAUUGGUGGUGGCCCGUGGCCGACUUGGUUCCAAGGACCAUCAAUGCUAACGUUAUAUCAGUCUUUGGUGUGAUUCUUAACAUCAUCAGCACAGUGGUACUCAUGUACUAUGCUCCGACUGCAACUGAAGAGGCUCCACGCUGGGCGUACUCACUGGCUGGCGUGAACAUCUUUCUCUUCCAAACCUGCGACUCUGUGGACGGGCGGCAGUGUUUGAGGUACAAGACAAAGCUGAAUUGGCAUCUGCAGCUUGCUGAACUAUUCGACCAUGCUUGCGACUCGAUCACCAAAGUGUGUGUCACCAUUGAAUUUGGUAUCUGCAUGAAGAUAGGCGGUCGGCCAGAACUCUUUGUACCGUUUAUGCUGACGGCAAUGUUCAUGUUUUUCACGGCACACUGGCAGACCUACAUCUCUGGAUUGGUGCGAUUUACCACGUUUGAUGUACUUGAAGCUCAGCAAGCUCUGUGCUUUGGCUAUCUGGCUACAGCCGUCAUGGGCCCAGAUAUCUGGGCCAAAAAGGCAUUUGCGUUGGAGUGGAGGGAGCUGAUAAUAAUUGCAACAGCGAUGUCGAGCAUUUUAAAGUUUUUCAACCAAGCUGCCUUUGUUUGGGGACGGGGCCACCGUGUCACAGUUGCUGUGUAAGUGCUCAGUCUAGCAGCUUUCCGAGUUAGAGCCUGCAAACUACGAAAGAAUACAGUACUUCUAGAGGUACACUCUUAUCUUGUUAGGGAUUAUAAAGCCACUGUUUGGACAAAGGAUUAAGAUAGAUUAGAGGGCUGGCCAGUUUACAGUUUGAUUGACUGUUUUCCCUCAGAAGUUUCUAGCGGAGGUUACCCGCAAUUCUACAAAUU